CUGGAAGUUGAGCAACAGCGGUACGUCGCGAGCGAGCAAGAAGCUGCGUGGAUUUCUCGGAGCUCCGCUUCACUAAAGGUCCAGUAUGCAGAGAAGAGAAUGAAUUCUUCAGGUCACCUGAGACAUCCACGUGUCUUUGCUGCUGUCUCUCCUCAACAGUCCCUAGUCCCCUCUGGGGCACCAUUUUCCUCCCUGUGCUCCCUCCCUUAUCCCUGCCUGGGAUCGACCCCUCUCCCCCAGUAGCGGCCAUCCCAGAGGGGAGGAAAGGCGAGCCAGCCCCCGUAAAUAUGCCUGGAUGGAGGUCUCAGUGGCGUCUCAUCCUGCUGAACUCCCUGACCUGUGGCCUGGAGAUCUGCGUGGCAGCUGGGAUCACAUACGUGCCCCCGCUGCUGCUGGAGGCUGGUGUAGAGGAGCGCUACAUGACCAUGGUCCUAGGUAUCGGUCCGGUUCUUGGCCUCCUGUUCAUCCCUUUAAUUGGCUCAGCCAGUGACCACUGCAACAGCAGUUAUGGUAGAAGACGGCCUUUCAUCUGGCUCUUGUCUCUGGGAGUUCUUCUGGCACUUUUCAUCAUUCCCCAUGCUGAUGUUCUGGCAGCACGCCUUGCCUGGGGUGGGCGCACCCUCCAGGUGGGCUUCCUCAUCCUUGGUGUGGGGCUCCUUGACUUUUGUGGACAAGUGUGUUUCACGCCGUUGGAGGCUCUCCUGUCAGACCUGUACCGGGACGAGGAGGACUGUGGCCAAGCUUUUGCUAUGUUCUCUUUUAUGGUCAGCCUGGGAGGCUGCGUAGGUUAUUUACUUCCUGCACUGGAUUGGAGCCGCGGGCUGCUGUCGGUCUACCUAGGAGGCCAGGCCGAGUGCCUGUUUUCUCUCCUAAUCCUCAUUUUCGUGUCCAGUGUGCUCAUCACCAUGAAGGUGUCUGAGGAACCUUCGUGUGUCGGCAACAGUUUGGCAGGAUCGGCAUCUUUACUGGAGUCGGGAGCUGGCACGAUGGAGGCUGGCCGGUGCAGCAUGCUGCGCUCAUGCUGCUACCUACUCAAGUGCAAACUGAGGCUCCUCAAGGCCGGACCCCUGCUCUGCUUACUAAGAACAUGCUGGUCCAUGACCCCGGCCAUCUUCAGGAGCUACUGCCAUGUUCCACGGGUGAUGAGGCAGCUGUGCAUGGCCCAGCUCUGCAGCUGGAUGGCUGUCAUGUCUUUCAUGCUUUUCUACACAGACUUUGUGGGGGAAGGCCUGUAUGAAGGUGUGCCCAGUGCAUUACCAGGAAGUGUCUCCAGGCAACGAUACGAAGAAGGAAUCCGUAUGGGCAGUCUGGGUCUGUUCCUGCAGUGUGCUACCUCAACCUUCUUCUCCCUGGUUAUGAGUCGUUUGGUUCAUCAUUUUGGGUCACGAUGGGUCUAUCUGAGCAGUAUGGUGAGCUUCACAGCCUCAGCUUUGGUCAUCUGCCUGUCCAAAAAUGUUGCCUUGGUUACGGCAAUGGCAGCUCUCACUGGCUAUGCAUAUGCAACACUGCAGACCUUGCCUUACACACUUACCUGCCAUUACCAUAAAGAGAAAGAGGUUUACAUGCCAAAAAGGUUAACCAAAAGCAUACAUAAAAACGGUGCAGCCAAGCGGGAUUCCGUUUUUCUGACUCCAGUGGAGGAGGACGACGACAGCUUGAACCACAAAACGGGGGCUCCUUACAGACAUCCCUUCUUCAGCCAGGACAGCUAUGAAUACUAUCCCAUCCUCCAGAGCCAAAAUGGCUCAUCUCACUGCUCCAAUGGCAGAGCAGAGCCGGACGAAAACGAGAUGGGAUACGAGAAGCGUGGCGUGGGCUUGGACUUUGCCAUCUUAGACAGCACCUUCCUCCUCUCUCAGGUUUUCCCUACCCUCUUCAUGGGCAUGAUUGUUCAGUUUGCGCAGUCUGUCACGGCCUACAUCGCCUUCUCUGCCAUCUUCGGCGCCAUCGCCAUCUACCUGGCCAGUCAUAUCAUCUUUGACCAAACGGACCUCAGGAGCUAAGAAAUGAUGCAACAGAUGAGGGAAUGAUGGAACCAUGAACAAUCAUAGAGGCUCCAUAGAUGGAACUCAACUGUGCACUACUCUUCCCAGAAUGCCUUGUGCUUAUACUAUCUGUGUAUGCACAGUAGGUUUUGAGAAAGUGGUUAAUGAAAGGAGCUGAGUGGUGCAGUUGGCAUGUUACAGCAGGACUUGGCUGCCACCUGAAGAGUCAACAGCAUGCACUGAUGAGGUGUGGUAGUAACCACUCUAAAAACUUCUGGUUGUGACAUCAUUUAUGUCCACCUUUUUUCUCAGGUACCAUCAAACAGUUUUACUGUAGAACCUAUCAACCUCACAUACAAAGCUACUUAUGUUUUCUAACCGUGUCAUUCAGAGCUAGCCGCAGAUUGUUUAGGCUGGAACGGGGAUUGUUCAUCAUAUUUUAUUUUAAAAUGAAGCCCACGCGGUGUAUCACCUCCUUAUCACCUCAGGCCUCUUUUAAUUCCUCCCCAGUGAUAUUAACAGAGGCUUGAUUAAAGGGUCAAAAUGACUUGCAGUGUAGCAACUAUUAUAGACAUCUACACAUCCAUGCAGCAUCGACCGCCUCAGCCCGUUGCUGCGAUACGUCACCGCCAUCCAUGCUGCUCAGGGCAGGACAACUUGUUACCGGACUAAAUAUUAAACUUUUGUAAAAUGUUAAUUGUGAAAGGGAAGGUAAAAACCAGGUGUUAGUCAGGACAAGAUAUGGUAGAUUUCCUGUAUAAAACAUUUCUUUAGGAAAUAAAUGUUAGGAAAUAAAACAAUAGAUUUUAUUUAUAGUAUAAUCCUCUGGUUAAAAAGCCUCCUGAUAUAAAGUAGUAAAGCCCACUUAGACUUAGAUGAAUGCAUCCAUAAGCAGAUCCAUUUUAUCCUGAUAUGGCUAAAAUUAUGCCUGGAGUGGAACUAAAGGCUCUUCCCUAUAAUCAACCAUGUAGGCUGGGUGACGACAUUAAUGACAAACAAGUGCCUGAAAUAAAAACAAGCAGCUGUUUAUUCUAACUGAAGUAAUUCCUGGUGAAAGACUUGCCAGGACCGAUAAGGCGGCGCCGUUGACCAAUGUGGCGUCUGCGUAUAUAUGUCCAUGGAGACCUAAGUGAUGUGUACUAUGUUUCCCACAAUGCAGUUGUAUGCUGAUUUGCUCCUAUGAUGAAAUGUCUCCAUCUUUCAGUCUCAGUGCGCCCAGUUACAGCGCAGGACAUCACUGAAAUCAUCAGGAGUGUUUUGGGCAAGUUGUCAAAAAACUGUUUUCAUUGGCUACCCAAGUGCUCUCCAUGAUGGGUGAACAGACUUUAUAUGUUAAACAGGUGUGAAACUUAAAUUAAGCUUUAGUUAUCCCCCCUCCCCCAUUUCUGUUGAACACGUUUACUAUGAAUAUUUUUACUUUCUGACUGGUAUUGAUCCCUAUGGGAGUUUUGUUAUGCAAUCUGCUGAGGAGGAGAACAAAACAGCUGUUUUAAUUAAACUGGAAUACUGCAUCAAAUAUCCCCUGUUGAGAUUAUUAAGAGUUAUCUGAUCUAGCUUAUUUGCUUAUUAUAUUCACCAAUGCCUCCAACCUGGACAGCUGUCACAAGGUAAAUCUUUGUUUUUAAAUUUCCAAUACUGAUUAGAUGUUGCUGGGAAAUUACUUUUCCUCCUGUUGCCUAAACCCUUCUGCUUUAGUGUAUAUUCAAAUGACAAUCUAGAGCACCCAGACGGGCUUGUGUAAUGGUGGUAAACAAUAAAUAUGUAGGGUGAUGUGUCAUGGAUACCAACUUCAUAGCAACCAUUCCUGAAAGGACCAAACAGGUCCAGCAGCGUUUGGUUUCAUCAAAAUGUGGGCUCUUGUUUGCUCGUGGACAUGCUGAGCUUGUGUGUCUGUGUGUGAGGAAAGCUUGAGUAAUAUUUAAGUGUGAAGUUAACGACAAGUGUGUUGAGAUUAUUCACACACUGUACCACUGUAGCCCAAACAAUGUUAUAAUGGCUCUGAAGUUGAGCUUUUCGUAGAAAAAUUGACCACGACACACCAGCACGGUGGUUCAUACAGAACUCUUUUUACCCUGCUAGUUGUGAUCCCACACAUGGUGCCAGGAAUUAGGCUCAGCCAAAACAAACCGUCCUGACGGAUCUUACUGAGCUCAGCAUGGAGGAGCCGAGGAUUUGUCAUGUGGACGUUACUGCAGAGUAGCGCUCUCAAGCACUCAAUUUAUCCUUUAAUUCUAAAAUAAAAAGGAAAAUACUGUCUGGCAGAAGCUGCAGUGGAAGAUAAAGGUCCUUUACAAGUGCCUGUACAUUUUUAAACAUCUUUUGUACAUAUGUAUUUAUUUAUUAUGUUUUCAUUACAAAAUAAUUUGUAUUAAACUAUUGAACUCCUUA